AUGGUUGGGGCGAAUCUGAAAGCUGAGACGAUGGCUCUAAUGGAGAAGAGAUCAGCCAUGGAGACUGAAAUGAACUCUAUUGUCGAACGUCUCUGCAUUCCCGGUGGUCCUGGUCUCUCCGGCAAUCUCGUCGACUCGGAGGGAUUCCCUCGGACAAAUUUUGAUAUUCCGUUGGUGAGAGCUGAGCGUCGUCGUCUUGCUGAGUUAAGGAAUGAGCACAGUGAGAUUACGGAAAAAAUCAAUGUGAACAUUCAAAUUCUUCAUUCAGUGAGGCCUACAUCCAGAGCUUCAUCCACGAAAGAUUCAGGUUGUCCAGAAGAAUCAAUCUCGUCAGGUGCAGUGAGUUCCUUAUCUGCCUCAAUGCAGACAGCUGGCUUCAGUGCUACUUCCCGUGCCAUGGAUGUUGAUGUGGUUACUAGUAUUCCCUUUGCCAUGGUUGAUGAGAUAACCGAGUCAUCUCCAGCAGCUGAGGAUGGCUUACAGCUUGGAGAUCAGGUUGUGAAAUUUGGUAAUGUGGAAGGUGGUGACAACCUGUUGCAAAAGCUUGCCGCUGAAGCUCAGUCUAACCAGGGACAAGCAGUUUCUGUUGGAGUUAUAAGGCAAGGUGCAAAGGUCGAUUUAUCUGUCACACCGAGGAUAUGGCAAGGCAGAGGUCUAUUGGGGUGCCAUUUCCGUCUGGUAUGA